UGCGCCGAACGCGCCUAAGCGACGCGGGUUUCAAGUUUUAACGCGGAAGCUCGGCGUUUUCGGCGAAGUUGGCGCAUUUACAUUGCUGCAGAAGAGAGGACGAUGGAUUUCACCGAAGUUUGGAACAACACUCGGUCUACGGUGAGCGUCGCGAUAGCGUGUUCGGACGUGGUGGCUUUGAAGGAAUUGAUUGUCAGCGGCAAACCCGUUGAUGUGCAAGACAACCGCGGUUGGCGGCCACUUCACGACGCUGUCGAAGCGGGAUGCAGCGUCGAAGUGCUUGACCUCCUGCUUGCCCACGCGGACACGGAUGUCAACUGGUGCACCUUUGAAGGCGAGACAGCACUGCUGCUUGCAUGUAAACGGCUGAAAGGAAAGACACUGCUGGACAUUGUCAACAAACUACUCGGAAGUGGUGCAGACGCCAACAUUGCUGAUCACGAAGGCGACUCACCGCUGCUAGCAGCGACCCGUGCUGGGGAGACUGACGUCGUGCGCCAGCUUCUGUGCGUCGGCAGGGCAAACGUGAACGUAGGUGACUGUGGUUUCUGGUACCCGUUGCACGCGGCGGCCGAGCGUGGUGACCUGGCCACCCUCAAGUGUCUGGUUGAGCACGGGCGCCUCACCGAUCUGGGCGUGCGUGACGAGUGUCGCAUAACGCCCAUAUUUGUCGCUGCUCAGUAUGGCCACCUUGACUGCCUCGAGUAUCUUCUCCGUGCUGCGACGGCCCAAGGUAUGCACAGACUGAUUGAUCGCGGCGCCAUGGAUAAGGCGACGCCUUUGAUGAUUGCUGCGCAGAAUGGCCACCACGAGUGUGUGGAGUUGCUUCUCCGCUACGGUGCCGACCCGAACCGAACCACGAGCGACAACAACACUGGAGUGCACCUUGCUUCACAGUCCAACAGCAUCCUCUGCCUGAGGCUUCUGCUUGGUGCCAUAGACGUGAAAAGGCUCCUCGAGAAUUGUUUGCAGCCCUUCCAGAGGGAGAAUGCUGCCUCAUCCAAUGGAGCCAAUGAAUAUGAGCCCAUGAUUUCUCCUCUGCACAUAGCCAUUGAAUGGUCCAGCCACGACUGCCUGCGGGAGUUGAUCAAAGUUGGCUUCGACCCGAACACCUACCUGCUGCGAGUGACUGAACCAAUCGAACAGCUGCAUCGGCAGUCGCAUCCGCGGUACCACUCUGCCCUGUCAUACGCGGCAUUGCAGGGUUUCACGGCUACCGUCCGGAUUCUCCUUGAAGCAGGCGCUAGUCCCAACCACAUCAGCAACAAGUGUGUCAGCCCCCUCGCAUGUGCUCUCCUGGUGCCAAGUUCGCAACUUAUGAGAGUCCUCAUUGAUGCUGGUGGCGACCUGAAUCGUCUCAACCACACCGUCAGCAGAGGGAACCCAUGCCUGCAGGUGGCCGUCAGUGGUGAAGACAUGCUUCUACGAGUCUUGCGAAUGGGACUCGAUCCAGCUCUGGGCUUGUGUGACGAAACCAGCUAUUUUAAGUUGGCUUGCUGCAUUUUUCACUAUAAGAAGACGGAACAACAUGCACUGAAUGUUUUAGAAACAAUGCGUUACUUCGUGACAAGUCCAUCAGUACUACAGAACCUUGUCAAGAGUUGCAUCAACGUUGGCCCUCUGUGGUGCCCGCUAAACGAGGAACGUUGGUCAGCCAUGGUAGAAUCUUUAGAGUCCCCUUUCAAGUUGAAGUGCCUCUGUCGAGUGGCACUGCGCAAAUGGAUGCACAACAUUCACGGUCACUACUUUGAGGAGCGUAUUCCAGAGAUGAACAUUCCACCGGCCAUGCUGAACUUUAUUUUGUACAGGGACAUGUGGGACAUAGAUUCUGCUCUAUUCUAGAUUCAGAGCUUUAUUUUUUACAGAGACCUGGGGAGCAUAGAUUCUGCUCUAUUGUAGAUUACACGUUUUGUAAUAAUGUAAGAUUGUAUUUAUGUAUAUGUGCAAUAAAUGUUGUGCGCAUAAUAUUUUGUUUUCCCUAUGCAUCUCAAGCUGUUCUUGAUGCAAAUGACAUUUUUGCGCAAUAAGAAGAAUGCCUAAAUGUA